CAUCGAUCACCUCUAUUAUUAAUAUCUCCUCCAAAAUUUUCACAUACUUUGAUUUUCUUGAUUAUUAUUAUUAUUAUUGCAAUGAAGCCAUCAUCGUCGUCAUCAUCAUCGCGUUUGUUAGAAAUAACGGUGAUAUCUGGUGAGAAUCUUCUUGAUAACCGGAAGCAACCUGUAAAGAAGAACGCUUUCGUAAAUAUCAAGGCAGAAUCUUCAACAUGCAACGGACAAACAACAAAGAUGGACAAAGAAGGCGGAAGUUUUCCUAUGUGGAACGAAAAAUUGAUCGUUGCUUUACCCAUGCAUGCACGUCAUCUGACGAUGGAGGUUCAAUGCAAGGCUUCUUCGGGGAUCAAAACUGUUGGAAUCGCAAAGGUUCCAACGUCCGAUUUUACGGGAGGAUUUUUGCCAGAAGAUUAUUUGCAUUUUUUGAGUUAUAGGCUUAGGGAUGGAAAAGGUGAGAAAAACGGGAUAAUUAAUUUUUCCCUUAGGGUUAAGAAUGCGCCGCCGCAGUCUUCUCAAAGUGCGGGUUGUGCCGCCGCUUAUUCACGGCAGUGGACCACUGCGCCGGUGGGUAUGAGAAGUAGUUAUAACAGUUCUUCUGGGGUUGUUACGGGUAUACCCGUUUAUCCUGGAAGUUUAUCGGGCAAUAUUACUAAUUUAAUGGUGAAUAAAUUUUAGUUUUUUUUUCUUUUAAUACUAUUUGUUCAAAUUGAUUAAAUUUUAUAUAGACAUAUUUUAGAUGAUUUGGAUUA